AUGGCCAGAUCUCCAUCACUUGGAGAGACCUCGCAGUUGGCCAUUCCCGCCAAAGAGCUCGACGAUGGAAUUCCAGAGCCACCCGAGCCAGGUGCGGCCAAGAGCGAGGUGCGAUCCAAAGCGACAGGAUCUUUCGAUGCACGUUCCUUCUCCAACCGUUCAGUUGGACUCUUCGACGGGAUUCGUUCCUGGUCGAAGCCUUCAUCAUUCCAAGUGGGAGGAUUAGGACUGGGACCUCGAGAAGGCGUCUCGUCGGAUUUCAUGGGACUCGUGGAGAAGCUGGUGCACCAGCAUCAGACAGAGAUGGCGAUGUGCGGAAAGAAGAAGAGCUUUGAUAUCCCUCCGGUCACCACAGAGUGGGAGCGGCUUUGCUCCGCAGGCUCGAGAUUCUCGAAGAGAUCUCAGGAGCCUGGUCAGGCCUUUUCACCGGCAGCAGUCUUGAUGCGUGAGAGGAAGCAUGAUCUCAAAGAGUUGGACGCCAGCAAACUGCUCGAAGCAUUCGACGAGCAUGCGCUGCAGGAGGUCUCGGAGGAGUCUUGGAGCCCGGCCAUGAUUGCAACCAGGAUCACCUCGUUCCGCAAGCAUCAGUGGGAUGAACUGAAGGAAACCGGCUGCUGUACGAAACUGGAGAACUUCUUGCAGUCCAAUUGGUACGAGUUCUUCAUUGCCUUCGCAACUGAAGUUGCAAUCAAUUCACUUCUCGCCAGUGGAGCCACAGUGGGAAAUCAGCUGAGUUUAUCUAAGAUGUCUUUUUUUACAUCACAUACUUCGCAAAACUGCCGUGGUUUCUCCCUGCUUUGCCCCUCUACCGCCCCGGAAAAAAAACAGAAACAAAACACCACACUUUUCAGCCGAAGAAACAGCGUGAGUGCGCACGUCAUUGUGGCUUUCCACACUGCGACCACUUUAAACACGGAACGUUGCGCCUCAGGUCCUUGGGAUGAACGCCUUGUGGAUGGCCUUCGAACUCCAAGUCACUGGACGAGAGAAAGGCUAUUUGCUGGGCAUCUAUCCAAGCGGGAUUCAGAACUUGGACCACUGGCUGGAAGCCUUCCUCCUGGGCGACCGGAUCUUCGCAUACCUCUUCGUCACGGACGUGCUGGUGCGCAUCAUCGUGCUGAGGAGCAAGUUCUUCCGCAUGUGCUUGAACUAUGUGGAUAUUGCAGUCUCGAUGACGGCCAUGGCCGAGGUGAUUUUAAGUGGCACCCUCUUGGGUGA